UCCUCCUCUCCUCACCACUCUCUGCAUCUCCCCAAACUCCAGUCAUCAACCCUAGGAGCAGCUGGAGAGGCGAUGAUGGGGCUGCUGCGGUACAUGAAGGACCUUUAUAUUGGCCCCCCGCGUGGCAAGGGAGUGAUCCAAGAUCUGGAGCACGCCAUGCGGACCAAGGGCGGUCUGACCCUAGAGGAGGAUGAGAAGCUCCGGAUUAUCAAUUCCAUUCCAAGUGCGGCCUUUGUUUUGUUCUCAGGAUUCGGCAGCUUUGUGGGGUGGUUUGCAGGAACCAAAUUACUUAAGCUUCCACCUAGUUCUAGAUUCGCAAGGUUUUGUUCAGCUACAGGCUGCGGUUAUAUCAUGGGAAAGGCCAUGUAUAGUGGAAUCUUCUGUAGGUGUCCUGUAGCGCUUUUAGAGGCUGAAGAAGGACGCAUGAAGAUGGAGCUUGCUAACAUAAUACUUACUAAGCAUAGUGAUGAUGAAUACCUGGUCGAAGCUGUGAAAAGGCACUUUUUUGCUGAGCAUCUGUUCGAUGACCUGCAUCAAGACCAACCAUUUUUCAGGUGGCACCCACGUCGUUCAUAUACCAACAGUGCCUUUGUAGAAAGAAUGAAGGAAAUUGAAGCUACCAACUCUGAUGAUGAGGCCAGAACAGUUUCUGGAGGGACAACUGCGGACAAUGGACCAUCUGGAGACCUGAUGGAGGACCCAUUUGCUUGUAUACUCGGUUCUCCAGGUCACGUGGAAAGCAACAAUCCACCUGGAAACAUCAGCACUGUCCUGAAGCGAAGUGAGCUGCGAGCCCGCAGGAGUCGUCACCGUCAUCAUCAUCGCCGGCAUGCUGAUGACAAGUUUGCUGCAUUGUGAAAGGUUGGAUCAGAAGCGCAGUGGAAUACCGUAGACGUUAGCAUUUUGUUUAAAUCUCCUGUGGUGAGAAAUUAAGAUUCCUGGAACAAGCUGUUCAUGUGUUGUAGCAGAUUAAUUGAGAAGUGUUGUGCCUGGUCAAAAUUUUAGGCUGUGACAAUGUUGUGUGAGCAUACCUGUCAGGAGAGACUGGGAUCUUAUUGUGAUGCUGCAGGUGCUGCGUUGUAGAUACCCAUGUAUCCCAUGAUCUAAAUGAAACGAUGGCACAAGUAUGAAAUCAGGAACGUGGUUAACAGGCA